CGCGUGUGUCAACCACCGCAGCCGCUGCGGGAUGUAAACAAACGCCGGCGUGUGUCCGCGAGGGAAAUAAAUAUAAUUAAAUAUAGGGAAAUAAAUAUAGUUUAUAGUUAACACGGCCUGGCGGGACACCAGCGGGGGGAAGUGCAGGGCGGCGCGGCUCUCACGUGAAGUGUUGAGCAGCAAAAGGAAGGGCAAAUAAGCACAUACAAAUUCUGUGUUUGCCUUGAAGACGGGAAGAUCCAGGAUAAUGAAUGCCUGCCAACUCCAGCUUUUCUUUAGGGCUGUAGGGUCAUGGGGACCUUCAACCAGUAUUUUGACAAGAACUUGUGUUUGCCCAUUCAACCCUUCAGCAAACACAACAACAGUGGCCAUAAGAUCUUUAGUUGCAUGCAACAGAUCUUCUGCACCAUUUCAAUGUUCAUACAUGCCAAUAGUGAGUGCCAGCCAUACGAGAAGCCCCUUGGUGGCUUCAGGUAUUCUCAUCCUCAAGGGCUCUAAUGUCUGUGUUAGCCGGGGAAAAUCUAAAAAAUCAGGAAGGAAGAAGAGUUACCAGCAGCAGGUGGGUACCUCAGAUAUCAAGAUGCUUUGAUAGAAAGAAGAAGAUGACAGUGACAGUGAUGAGAAUGAGGAAGAAAUGGAACUGAAGUCUGGAGCUGAUUUCAAGGACAUCAAAGUUAGGGUGCCCUCCCUGCGCAUGGAUGCUCUCCUGAAGGCGGGGCUGAACAUGUCAAGAAACAAGGUGGAGGCAGCCUUCUAUGCCAGCAAGAUCCGAAUAAAUGGAGAAAAAUUCCUGAAGAAGAGUCACCAGUGCCAUGAGGGAGAUGAAAUUGACAUAAUCAAGGGAGUGUCGCGCCAGAACCCGAACAAUCUGCACAUUUCCCGGGUGGUGAUUAUGACUCUGGGGGACGUGGACGAAGACGACGACAAGGUGACUGUCAAGCUGCGGCGCUACCCACACCUCCUCAUUGAAUGCUAUGAGGGCUACACGCCACCGGAAGAAGAGUGAUUGCUAAGGAAGAUUUUCUUUUUCUAUGCUGUCUUGCUCAUGUAAAUUAUGGUAUAAUUAGGCAGAAAACCAACAUAGAACAGACUGUUGAAAAUGUUGUGAAAAUCAAGAAUAUCAUAAAAAAAAUGAAUUUGGCUUCCAAACUCACUAUUACACUUCAACAUCUACUAAACAUGUUAGGAGCUAGGAAGCUGACUAAGUGUAAAUAAGUUUAUUUUUCAAUAAAAUGUGUGCAAGAUUUUAAAA